CAGGGCCCACAUGUCAGCCCUGCAGCUGGGACAGAGCCCGGCACAGCCCCAGUCCCUGAGCAGCUGCAGAGCCUGGCUGGGGCUGCCCAGCCCGUGUGCCAGCCGAGUCACUGCGGGCACAGGCAGUGCCAGCUCUGUCUGCAAGGAGUGUAAGUUAUGGCAGGGAGAGGGCAGGAGGCCUGCCCAGCACUGAUGGGGCACCCCGUGUCUCUCGCCAGGGUGUCUCUGGUGGCUGGUGGCACACUGAGCAAUGAGUCCCGUUUUUGGGCAGCUCUGGAAUGUGGUGAGCCGUGCUCCUGUCCCAGGUGCUGGAGCUCAGGUGAUUCGGGGUCUGAGUGCUGGUAGGUGCAAGGCCAAGAGAGCCUGCAGUGAUGCAGAUCCUUCCUUUUGUCACCCCUGGGGAACAGUGGCUGUGUCUCUGCAGUUGGAUUUCAUCCUGAGUUUGUAUUUCCCACUCUCCCUGUAGUAAUUAUUUCCAGCCUCUUCUGGCCCUGGAAGGGUGUUUGCUUUUUUUUUUACCUGUGACUCAAGUCAGCUGUUUGGUUGCCUUUGGUCCAAAUAUAUUUUGAAAUCUGUGAUUACAUCUUUCUGCCCUUGUAGAAUAAACUUCCUAAUUAGUGUUAAUUUGGUGGUAUUUAACAGUGGACUUGAAAACUGCUAUUCAUGUGGGCUAUGCUUAUAUGGAGAUUUUGGGUUUAGUUGGCAGGGCUGGAGUUCCUGCUUAGUUCUGAGGAAAUUGAAAUUCCAUGGUUAAGCCAUCUGAGGUCACAAUAUGAGAUGUGGAUGCAAGCUGCUGAAAGCACCUGUUGUGUGGCUCUAUGCAAAGUGUUUAUGUUUUCUUGGACUUAUAAGUUACUUCAUAUUUAGUCAAGCUUCUUGCAAAAGAUCAAUGAUGAAACAGCAAAAUUGAUGAAUUUUCUGUUUACACAGUGUUCUAACUGCAUGUUUCAAAAGACAUUUCAGGAGCAGGAUGCUGCAAGAUCCUCCAUCCUGGCCUUGAACAAUACCAGGGAUAGGAGCUUGGACAUUAACUUAUUGUGAAUUUGCUUUGUUCUUUUUCAGAGGACAGCAAACAGAAAAGGUAACUGAAAUUAUUAGUUUAAUUUACGUUUCAGGCUUCUAAAUGUGGCACAAAAAGGAGUACAUCUACUGAAAGCAAUGAGCCCUGUGAAAAGAAGACCAAGGCACGCCAAAUUACUCUGGAAGAGAUGUGUAACCCACUGAAGACUCAGGAUAAAAACUCUGAGAAGUGUGAGAAGCCCCGUAUCAGUUUGGAAACUCUGGGCAGGCUGAGAGAGUUCUGCAGUGAUUCAAACCAGCAGUGUACCAGCCCCCGGGAGGAUGGCUCUCAGGAGAAAGAAAAAUGUCCCAGUAUUACUUGGAGGAGCUCAGAACUGAAAAAUCCUCUUCCACCUUGGGACAGCAGCCCAAAGGUUGCACAGAAGGAGGAGUUACAAUGUAAUCUUAGUCAGUUUUCUGCAUCUCUUAAGUCUUAUGAAAAUUCUCAAAAUUCAUCAGAGACAAAUCUUAAUAGAAGAACCAAAAGCAUUUACACUCCACUAGAACUCCAGUUCAUAGAAAUGAAGAAAAAGUAUAAAGAUGCUGUUCUGUGUGUGGAAUGUGGAUACAAAUACCGGUUCUUUGGACAAGAUGCAGAGAUUGCAGCUAAGGAGCUGAACAUCUACUGUCACCUGGAUCACAACUUCAUGACUGCCAGCAUCCCCAGCCACCGGCUCUUCGUCCACGUGCGCCGCCUGGUAGCCAAGGGACACAAGGUUGGAGUAAUUAAACAAAUGGAGACUGCAGCACUGAAAGCUGCUGGAGAAAAUAAAAGCUCUCUCUUCAGCCGUAAGCUGACUGCCCUCUACACUAAGUCUACACUUAUUGGAGAAGAUGUGAACCCUUUGCUGAAGCUGGACGAUGCUGUAGAUGUUGAAGAGGUAACAGCAGAUGUCCCUGAUAACUACCUCCUCUGCAUCUGUGAAAAUGGAGACAGCCUGAAGGACCGGAGGAAAGGUGACAUUGUCACAGGCAUUGUGGCAAUCCAGCCAACUACAGGAGAAGUGAUUUUUGACAGUUUUCGGGACUGUGCCUCCCGCUCGGAGCUGGAGAGUCGGGUUCUGCGCCUGCAGCCAGUUGAAAUAAUUCUUCCAUCAAGGCUGUCAGAACAAUCUGAAAAGCUCAUCCACAGUAUAACCUCCAUGAGGUUACAGGAUGACAGAAUUAGGAUAGAAAGGAUGGAAAACCUCAAUUUUGAGUACAGCCAUGCUUUCCAGAGGGUUACUGACUUCUAUGCAAAAGAGGUGCCUGGUACUGCAGGUCCUCAAAACCUAUCUGUAAUACUAAGCUUGGAUAAGCCUGUUAUUUGCUCUCUGGCAGCAGUAAUUACGUAUCUCAAAGAAUUUAAUUUGGAAAAGAUGCUUUACAAUCCAAGCAAUUUCAAACAGUUGUCCAGUGAAGCUGAAUACAUGACACUUAAUGGGACAACAAUGAAAAAUCUUGAAAUUUUACAGAAUCAGACUGACAUGAAAACAAAAGGAAGCCUGCUCUGGGUCUUGGACCACACUAAAACUUCGUUUGGACGUCGAAGAUUGAAGAAAUGGGUGACCCAGCCCCUCCUGAAACUGAGUGAAAUAAAUGCCCGUCUUGAUGCUGUGUCUGAAAUUCUGCUGUCAGAAUCCAGUGUGUUUGGUCAGAUUCAAAAUCUUCUUUGUAAGCUGCCAGAUUUGGAGAGAGGCCUCUGCAGUGUUUUCCACAAGAAGUGCUCUACCCAGGAGUUCUUCUUGAUAGUCAGCACUCUGUCUCGUCUGGAUUUGGAAAUUCAAACUUUGGUCCCAGUCAUACAGUCCCAUGUGAGAUCUUCUCUAUUAAAAAAUGCACUGUUGGAAAUCCCAGACCUUCUCUCCCCAGUAAAGCAGUAUUUAAAGAUCCUGAAUGAGGAAGCAGCCAAGACUGGAGAUAAAACACAGUUGUUCAAGGACCUGACGGACUUCCCUGCCAUCCGAAAGAAAAAGGAGGAGAUCCAGGAUGUGCUUUCUAAAAUCCAAUUGCAUCUGCCGGAUAUUCGUAAACAGAUUAAGAACCCUUCUGCAGAGUACAUUGCAGUUUCGGGUCAAGAGUUUUUGAUAGAAGUCAAGAAUUCCCAUAAAUCAUCUGUGCCGUCUGACUGGGUUAUGGUUAGUAGCACCAGAGCCGUCAGCCGCUUCCACGCGCCGCUGGUCACGGAGAAUUACCGCGCGCUGCAGCGGCUGCGCGAGCAGCUCGCCCUGGCCUGCAGCGCCCAGUGGCUGCGCUUCCUGGACCGUUUCAGUGAACAUUAUCACCCCGUGUCUAAAGCCAUUUGUCACCUAGCAACUGUGGACUGCCUGUUCUCGUUGGCCCAGGUGGCCAAACAAGGAGACUACUGCAGACCAACCGUGCAAGACGAUCGUCGUGAAAUAAUCAUAAAAAACGGGAGGCACCCUGUGAUUGAUGUUCUGCUGGGAGAGCAGGAGCAGUAUGUUCCAAACACCACCAGCCUUUCAGGAGAUGGUGAAAGGGUCAUGAUAAUAACUGGGCCCAACAUGGGAGGGAAGAGCUCCUACAUCAAGCAAGUGGCACUGAUCACAGUCAUGGCACAGAUUGGCUCUUUCGUCCCUGCAGAAGAGGCCACAAUUGGUGUUGUGGAUGGAAUUUUUACCAGAAUGGGCGCUGCAGACAACAUCUACAAAGGCCGGAGCACCUUCAUGGAGGAGCUGACAGACACUGCUGAGAUCAUCCGAAAAGCCACCUCGAGGUCGCUGGUGAUCCUGGAUGAGCUGGGCCGAGGGACGAGCACUCACGAUGGCAUCGCCAUUGCCUAUGCCACCCUGGAGCAUUUCAUCAGAGAUGUGCAGGCCCUGACGCUGUUCGUCACCCACUACCCCUCGGUGUGCGAGCUGCAGCAGCGGUACCCCUGCGCCGUGGGCAAUUACCACACGGCCUUCCUGCUCAGCGAGGAGGAUGCCGGGCAGCACACGGGAUCUGAAGUGGAAGAGAAUCCUGAAUUUAUCACUUUCCUUUAUCAAAUAACUAAAGGAGUCUCUGCAAGGAGUUAUGGGCUAAAUGUUGCCAAACUGGCAGAUAUUCCUGAAGAAAUCUUGAAGAAAGCAGCUCACAAAUCAAAGGAGUUGGAGAGAAUAGUGAACAUGAAAAGGAGAAAGAUGAAGUCCUUUGCUGAAGCAUGGAAGAUAAAUAAUUCUCAGGAACUACAGAAAUGGAAAAAUAUGUAUGAACCUAAGGAUGAAAGAAAGGACAGUUUUUAAUCCUCAAAUGAUGGUUAAAGAUGGAAGAUACUGAAGGUGCGAAAUACAUGUCUGGAGAUUAAUGGAUUUUAUCAGUUCCAGGUGCACUGAGUUGACUUCUUUGCUUUCUGAGAGAUCACAGAUGCUGCAUCAUGUGUAAUUUUCUCCCUCCACAUCCCUUCCUUUUCACCCUUUUCCUUAACUGCAAACUGCCUAUGGGGAUUGGUUCUAAUUUGUUCAAAAACCAUGAAACAAUUAUUGAUCAAUUAUCAAGUAGUGUUUUAUAAAUAAAACAAUAUGGUUCACCUUUAUUGUAUUUAUUUCUGAAGAGAUAUUUGUAAAUGUUGUUGAGUCUCAACUCUGCUGUACAGCCAGAAACUGCUAACAGUGGUUAUUAUAAAGAGA